UCAGAAGGAGGCCAGCGAUUGCGGAGGAAGGGCAGAAUCAUGUCGGAUCGAGAGAGUGAUGAGCAGCAGCAGGUGCAGGGUAGAGGCUCUUCAGAACAAGAGCUAGCUACCAAAACGCUGCAGAUCCAGUCGAAGAGAUUCUACCUGGAUGUUAAACAAAACAGAAGGGGGAGAUUUAUUAAGGUUGCAGAGGUUGGAGCAGGAGGAAAGAAAAGCCGUCUUCUCUUGGCCAUGUCCACAGCAGCAGAGUUCCGGGACCAUCUGACGGAAUUCAGUGAACACUAUGCAUCUCUUGGCCCAGAAAAGACUGUCCAUUCUGAUGAGGAAGAGGGCCCUGCCAGUACUGACAACCUUCCUGAAGAUGGCAAACUGAAAAGUGAGACCAUGGUCAAAGACAACAGAAGAUAUUACCUUGAUUUAAAAGAGAAUGCCAGGGGUAGAUUUUUAAGGGUAUCACAAACAAUUCCUCGUGGAGGGCCUCGUUCACAAAUUGCAAUCCCAGCCCAGGGUAUGAUUGAAUUUCGUGAUGCCCUUACGGAUCUCCUCGAUGAAUUUGGCACAGAUGACCAUGAGCCUGCUGGAGAUUUACCAGAAUCAAGGUCUUUGAGAACAGAAAAUAAAGUGUUCUACUUUGAUGUUGGUCAUAACAGACGUGGGGUGUUCAUGCGGGUUUCAGAGGUACAGGCCCGAAACAGUUUCCGCACUGCCAUCACCAUUCCAGAAAGGGCAUGGACAAGAUUUCGGGACAUCUUCAAUGAAUUCUUGGAAAAAGGUGGAGAGCAAGAUGUUGAUGAACCAGAGGAGAGCAGCAAAUAAAGAAGUAUUCACAAUUGACAGAGGGAAUGUGCACAGGUGAUAGCUACAACACACUAGAUGGCGCUGGCUGUCCCAGCAUCGGAAAUGUAAAGGGAUCAAGGGGACUUCUGAUGAUGUCCAAAUUUGUCUGCCCUGUCUUUGUAUGUCCAAGGCCCUUCUAAUAAGAUGAUGCACUGUAAGGAAAGACUCCAGAUGAGAAGGAAUGUGAAAACAAUUUGAUGGAGACACUGAGCACCAGGAUAAGAGAAACAUGUCGAUUCACUGUCCUAUUGAGAGUGAACUUCCACAAUGUUAAAGAGACCACCAUCAGCUCAUUCCUCUCUUUCCUAUUUUUCUUUCUGCUAUCAUAAAAUGAAGCACAUUUCCUUUGUCCAGAAGCAAUAGGAUAAAGCGAAUAUUGGAUCAAUUUCCUGUUCAUUCACUAUUUGUGGAGAGUUCUUCAGUAAUUAAUGGAUAAAAUUGGUAUUGACUAGAAGUUUUGCAAAGUGGUAGUAGGACAGUUGAUUGGGAGGGGGACAAGUUCAUUUUGUAAUUGCUUGUAAGUUGACAGUUGCCCUAUACUUCAUAUUGUACAAUUGCUAUAGAUAUUGUCACAACAGCACUGAUACAGAUGAGCAAGUGCUGUUGAUGACAAGCUACUGUAGUGCUCUGGGUUUUAAGUGAGAUAUACCCACCAUCUUGCAAGUAAUUCAAAGGGACUGCCUGUAUUGGUUGAGGCUCUCACUUCUUAUCAGCAGUAUAUCGUUGUAUCCACAGCCUAGAUUGUGACACAGUUAGGUCAGGUACCUAAUGUUCUUAGUAUGUAGCAAGUAGUUCAGUCCUUGUGGAAAGUGAGAGCCCAUUUAGUUUGCUGUGUUUGCUCGAAACGUGUACCUGUGAUUGGCUGGUUUUUCUGUCCAAAUUUCUAUUCGAAGACUUCCCUUUGAGUGAUCACUUUUCAGUGUUGGUGUUCCAUUGCAACUUGGUGAUGUGAGGGUUCUUAGUGCUUAAGAAAUGUGCAUUGCAUAUCACACAGAUUGUGUUGGAAGUAUCUUCUUGGUUUAGUUUGGGCUAUUUUAAUUUCUUAGGCUGUACAUUUAGCAAUCCUUGCAUGGGAUAAACAGCAACAUUGUCUCAAGAUGCUGUAGUUAUUAUUAUUAUUAAGUUGUUGGAUUAUAAUGAGGAAGAAAUAUUAAUUUACAUUCAGUCAUGAAGCAAGUUAUGAUUUGGAUAGAAGGCAUCGUUAAUCAGAACGAUUACUGCAUGCAGUUCCACAUUUUGUUAGAUAUAUAUUUUAUUUAAGUUUUAGAAGGUAACCAGGGUCAGAACAGUCAAGUAAAAAAUGGCCAGCAGUUGAAAUGCUAUUGAGAUGGUAAUGCCACAUCUGAAUGCACACAGAAAAUUUGAUCAGUAAUCGGAGGUGAAGGGAAGGCUCAAGAAAAGCAAUUUAAAAAAAAAAACGUAUCACUGCCAUGAUUUCAUGAAAUCUAUGAAUAUGUUAUGAUUUAGAAUUAAUUUUGCAUUGUACUUUUCUGUUCUGACUUGAUCAUCUUGGUAACUUCCAGGUGAAUUAAUCUGCAUGUGGACUUGUGAAGUAUAAGAAUGAUGCAGUCUGAGAUGUUCAUCAACUUUUCUGUGCCAUUAAUCUUGAAUAAUGCAGUUGCAAUCAAACCUAAGUUAUUAGGCAUAUAAGAAAUUUGAAAAUUGAGAGACCAAGAAAGCAAAUGGCAGUAGUAUCCAUGAAAAGUGAUUAUUGAUACUGCAUCCGGAUUUCUUUCAUGUCAUUUUCUUUUAUUUCAGUUUUCCUGCAGUUUAAAGUUACCCAAAAAACAAUUUUUACUAUUUUAAGUGAACUAUAUUUUGUGCCGUUUCAUAUUUAUAUCCUUCAAGUUGAAGACAGUUAGCUAAAAGCACUCUAUACAUUGUAAUAUUGUUGUCUUGACGAAAGGGGAGGGGGUUUAUUAUUCUGAGCACAACACUACUGUAAGGAGGUUAAUAUUGCAUGUUAUAAUGAAGUGGAAUAGCAGUGCAUCCCUUCAUUACCCUUUCCUAAUAUGAAAAUAAGCUGAGAAUACGAUUUAUUGGAAGUUUACAACUGUUAUUAUUAAUUAGUUGUUUAUUGCCCUCUAGAAUUCCUUGUUAUGUCUAUAUUAUUUAGUUGGUUGGUGGGGCUAUGUAAUAAUAAGCAUCAACAUCCUGUGAUCAUAUACCUACUUGAUACAAGGAGGCCCCAGAUCUGUAUUUUUGUAUUUAGUGUCCAUUUGGAUGAAGAGUGCGUAGUGGUAUCUAUAGUUAUACUACUAUCACCUUCAGAACUUGUUUAAACUUGUUGUGCAAAUUAUUGAAUAUAACACAAAUCUUUAAUGUA